CUGAUCAAGAGUGAGCGCAGCCAGAUACAAGAGAGUGUGAGAGCAGCCUGUCCCGAAGUGUGUGAGAGCAGCCCGUUCAGGAGAGUGUGUGUGGCAUGCUGAAGAGGAUGAGUCCGUGGACGCGGCGGUCAGGAAAGGAGGGGAGGGAGCCGCUGGUCACUGAUGAGAAGAGCCUGGCCAUGGAGGGCAGUCCAUCGCUGAGGGGGUCUAGGGCACAAAGGCCCCUCCCCUCGGACAAACAGGCCGCCUCAGGAGCAGAUGACCUCAGCGAUGACGAGUGGAACCGCAGGGUUCUGGCGGUUCUCAGGGAGUUCCUGGGUUCCCCGGGCGUGGACUCCCUGUCGGUGCAGGAGCUGCUGUGUGAGUGGAGGAGGGGGCGGGCGGAGCAGCGCUGGGGUUCCGCUCUUUGGCUCCGUCAGUUCCAGCAGCAGGUGCAGAAGUCAGUGGAGCGGCACUUCCCCUCUCUGCCUGCAGAGGUCAGUGCUGAGCAGCAGCCCCCCCAGCCCAGCACCUACCUGAGGCAGGUACAGGAAGUGCUGCAGAGGGAGCUGCUGCGAUUGGCUCCUGUGCUCAAGGAGGCGGGGCUGCUUGGUACUGUGAUUGACAGGUACCACACCCACACAGUCAGCCAGCUGCAACUGCUGCUGCAGAAGAACUUGGAUAUGAACCAGACAUUCACACUACUGGAGUGGACACUACACACCUACCUGAGUGACAGCAUGCUGUGGCAUGCUGAGUUGGCUGCUGAUGUCCAGGUUGCUGCUGAUCUGCUGCUGCUCACUGAGUGGAUCCAGAAGGCCAAGAGCAAACUCCUCAACGUCACACAGUUUUAUGUAGCAGGCUGCCUGCAGCGCAUCCUGAAGAUGGAGGAAGAGGAGGUGGAGUCACGUGACUACAGUGAUGAAGAGGCCUUCAUUAGACUCCCUCUGGACGUCACACAGUGCCUGAAGGCUGUGGCCCGGAGAGCAGAAACUGUCAGUAAGUCUCUUCUCGGGGAGAUCAAGAGGAUCAAUAAUUCAGAGCUUCAUACCUUCAUACACAGGUUUAUAGACCUGCAGAGGAGGAGGAUAGGUGAUGGAGAGGGAGGGGUGCUACACCUGUUCUGGACUAUCAACACCUGCAGGCUGCUAGCGGUGCAGUUAGCCUCUGAGGCUCAGACUGAUGCUGCUUCUCCUGCUGCUGAUGCUGUGAAUCUCUUAAAGGAGCUGGAGGCACAAGCCACCAAACAGCUGCUGCACACAGCCACACGCAACACAGAGGUGUGUUUGCGGAGCUACUUCAGAGGACACACACACCUGCAGCAGCUGCUGGGCGAGAUGAAGAGCCAGUUCAAGAAUCUGCCCACGGAGUGUGACACACACAAGGUUGUCAUGGACGCAGUCUACAGUCGGAUUGUGUCACUGUACCUGCAGCAGCUGUUGCUUAGCAACCGUACUCACCUGGAGAAGAGGUGGGGCGAAGUGGGCGUGGCCAUUAGGGAGGAUGCAGAAGAGAUGCAGAAAGUCUUCUCUCAACAGAAUGGGGGUGUGGAACAGAAGAAUGAGCUCCUGCUGAAGGCUGCUGAGAUUGUGAGCUGUGAGGAUGUGGAGGCUCUGAAGAUCUCCUGCCUGGAACUCAGCACAGACUACCCUGACGUCAGCAAGAAGCAGCUGAAGAAACUGCUCCGUUGGAGAGGCGGGUUGUCACGGCAACAGUUGAAGGCUGUCAUGGAGAUAACAAGAAUGACGGAGUCGCCAAGACAACAACGCUGGACCUGCUGCUGUUGGUGUUGCUGAGCCUGGCUUUGUGGAUGCCAGGGUAACCAACAUCAACAUCAAGAGGAGCCUCCAGAGUUACACACACACAUUUACACAAACACACACACACACACACACACACACUCCUGUGCAGUCCCAACUGUCUGUUCACAUGUCAACUGCCACAUUUCCCCAUUUAUAUAGAACAAUUAUUUAUAUUUUUCAAAUAAAAGAAAAACUAAAAA